UCAAUCAGCCAAUCACUCUAACGGGAUAGGACAUCCGAUGAUAAAAGCGAUGAAAUCGUUUAAAACUAUACUCUCCGAUUCAUCUGGGCUUUUCAGGGUUCCACACUUGCUACUGUAAGAAGUAAGAACUAAGAUGGACCUGAACCCGCCACCACCGAAGAGCUGGAGCAUCCACACCCGACCCGAGAUUAUCGCCAAGUACGAAAUCCAAGAACGUGUGGGCUCCGGCGCUUACUCCGACGUCUACCGGGCGCGUCGCAAGUCCGACAAUCUCGAGGUGGCUCUCAAGGAGGUACACGACUACCAGUCUGCGUUCCGCGAGAUCGAGGCUCUACAGAUCCUCCAGGGCACCCCCAAUGUAGUAGUUUUGCACGAGUACUUUUGGCGAGAGGACGAGGACGCCGUUUUGGUGCUGGAGUUCUUGAGGACGGAUUUGGCGACGGUGAUUAGGGAGGCCAAGAAGGGAGGCGGGCUCCCAGUUGGGGAGGUCAAGAGAUGGAUGAUUCAGAUUCUAUGUGGAGUGGACGCUUGUCACCGGAAUAUGAUCGUGCAUCGCGAUUUGAAGCCUGGGAAUCUGUUGAUAUCCGAUGGUGGAGUGCUCAAGUUAGCAGACUUUGGGCAGGCAAGGAUGCUCAUGGAGCCUGGGUAUGUUGUAGCAGAUGACAAUCUUCAGCUAUAUGAACAGAAACCAUUACAUCAAACUGAGAUCAAUCAAACCCCAGAAGUUGCUUUUGAUGCGGGCAGCUCAUGCCAGGAAGGAAAUGCCAAUCAAGAGCGAGGUUCAGUAAGUAAGGAGGAAUAUUUUAGAGAGAUGGAUGAGCUCAAAGCUAAAAUAUCCAUGGAUGAAAUAGCCAGAGAAACCAAUGUCCAUGAUGAAAAUACAUCUUGUCUUGCAACUUGCACGACAAGUGACAUGGAAGAAGAUCCUUUCAAGGGGUCUGGUUCUUAUGAGCCAGCGGAGGGUGAAGACAUCAAGCAUGGUUCUCUGACAUCAUGUGUGGGAACUCGCUGGUUCAGGACCCCUGAACUUCUCUAUGGGUCAACAGAUUAUGGGCUAGAGGUUGAUUUGUGGUCUUUAGGAUGUGUUUUCACCGAGCUUUUAAGUCUUGAGCCCCUUUUUCCUGGGAAUUCUGAUAUUGAUCAGCUCAGUAGAAUUAUCAACGUGUUGGGAAAUCCGACAGAAGACAUCUGGCCAGGUUGUGCAAGACUUCCUGAUUACAGAAUAAUUUCAUUCUCUAAGGUAGAAAAUCCAAUUGGUUUAGAAGGCCGUCUUCCCAACCGUUCCCCCGAUGAAAUCUUGCUGGUUAAAAAGCUUGUUUGUUACAACCCUGCUAGUAGAGCCACUGCGAUGGAACUGCUCCACGACAAGUAUUUCGUCGAGGAGCCUCUUCCAGUUCCUAUAUCUGAACUGCGGGUUCCUUCAACGAAGAGUGGGCAAGAUGAGGAAUCUUCAGGUGAGUGGUAUGAUUACAAUGACUCAGAUUCUGAUUUUGAUGAAUUUGGCCCUCCAAAAGUUACCACCACCCACUCUGGUUUCUCCAUUCAGUUUCCCUAAGCUCAAGAGUGUGAGAUGAAAUGGUAUAUUACACAUGAUAUUGCUGUGUUUGAUUGGUUAAUGAAAUUCAUGAUUUGUUGUACAAAUGAAUGACUCCUGAAUAUGGUGAGCUUUGUGUGUUAACGUUCAUGCAAUAUUCUGCUGAA